GAGAAAUAAUGGUAAGAGAUGAAUGCAACUUAUCACCUAUGUGUGUUGAAAUUCUCACCAAGACUAGAAUUUAGUAUUCAACCAACCUUAAAAUAACCACCGCUUAUUAAUAGGAAUGACAACCCUAUUUUUGAUUGACACCCUUAAGGCUUUUAUUUGACAGGCAGUAAUAAUUCAUUCAAUACUGAUUUUCGAAAACAGGAAGGUACAUCUUUCAGUUCAUAACGAGUACCUUAACUAGCAAACGUUCAUCUGACUGAAAAGUUUAUGUACAUAAAACACGUCACAUUAAUCGCUUAUUUGUCCAAUAUUAAAUGUUAUUGUCUAAUUUAUUACAUCGAUACUCUAAUUUGCGACACGAUGCUUGAAAAAACCCAUGUUGUCUUGACUAACCGUAAUUUAUUCGAGUUUCCAGCAUGAGAAAACCUUCAAAGGUGUCAUAAUAUACUUUUAGAUGCGGUUUUAGACUAUUCCAAAGUAUUUUUUAGAAUUCACCAGUAUAAUUUUGUUGAAUAAGGAGAUAAUAUGAUCAAACAAGGAGGCUUAUAAUCAGUUAUAAUUCUUUCUUAUUUUCUCAGUGUUUGGUUUAAUGAGUAUAGGUCACGUUGCUGUUAAAUGUGUUGAAGAAGCCGAAAUCACUGAUGCUGUAUUCAAUUUGUACUUGAAAUCCAUAUUGGAAAUGGCAUUUUAUGCAUUUCAAACAUUAUUUAUACUCAGAUAUCACAGGCUAGUAAUCCUACAGUACAAUGAAGUUAUGGGUGCGUGUCUUGUUCACUUACUCACUACAAAUUUAUGUAUAUGGGCUGAUAUAUCUGUUGGAAAAAUUGAUAAAACUCUGUGGUAUGGCAAUCAGAAAAAAACUAGUGAAUAUGUAUUCAAUUAUACUCAUGAACAUGGAAAUGAAUUUCAUAAUGAUUAUUUAAAAUCAGUCACUGGAAAUGAAAUGCAUAAUCGAACACAUUUUUAUAAUUUAGUUGAUAUUUCUUUUUAUCUUCUACCAACUGUUAGUGAAUAUUGUUUAUUGGCUGCAGCAUUAUUAUAUGAAAUUAUAAUGAGAAUUGGUCAACCAACAUUUAUUGAAAUAGAACGACCACAUGAUUUAAAAAAAGAUCAUAAAGUACUUCGAGAUUGCCGAGGUUGGAGUACAAGUUCUGGAGCAUGGUUUGGUAUAAUUACAGUACUUAUAAUUAUUGCAUUAACAACAUUAACAGUCUCUGCACCGAAUCAUAUUAAUUUAAAACAAAAUCUAUGGAAAUGUAUUGUUGUUUUAGCUGAAGAAGCUGUAUUAAGCCUUUUUGGAAUAUUCUUUGUAAUAAUGGCUUUUUAUCAAACAAGACGUUUAAAAUUUAGUAUUGCUACAAGACAAAGUCGUGUUGAUGAAUUCCUAUUAUACACUGCUUUCUUUUUUGCUGCAAAUUACACCAUAACAACAAUUAUAUUAGCUGCUGAUUUAGAAGCAAAAGGAAAUAGCAUAUCUAACACGAGUGGUAGUGAAAAACAUCUAUUGAUUGGCCGUUGUUUGGUGAAUGCAUUUGAAUUUAUUCAAAUGGUUUUGCAAACAUACUUUGUGCAGGACAGUUUUUAUCGAUGUAGCGAUCGAAUCGAACAACAAAUUGUCAAGCCUGGAAGGCAAUCAAUUGUUGCAUUGUUGGGAAUAAAUUUAGCCUUGUGGAUUCAAAAGAGUUUUCAGCUUAAAAAUGCCGACAUCCUAUUUAUGCUGGAAACAAAUCGUGGCACAUAUGGUUGGAUAUUAUUUGUUGUCACAAUGCCAAUCAGUUUGUUUUAUCGAUAUCAUUGUACAGUGUGCUUAUCACAAUGUUUCAACAAAUUAUAUGAAGAUGAGACACAUCGAUUUGAAGAAAUGUGGCGUCACCAAGUCGAUCCAUUUACUGAUAUUCUUGUUCGAUCAACCGAUUCUCUAUGUGACUAUGAACAAACUAAGACAUCUCUCAAACCCACCAGCGAAGUUCAAAUCACCAUUGAAAAUGAUGACAGGCAAAAUAGAAAACUAGCAGUUUUUUCAAAAACAAAACCCUGGCGAACAUUUGAUUUAACAGAUGAAACUGAGAAUAAUAGUAAAACAGUCUCACUGGGUCAAAACCACCAUGUUCAUAAUAAAUUGCAAGUAAAUAGAAGUGAUUAUGAUGAAAACAUCGCGAUGGGUAACUCAGUUUGCGAUGAUGAACAUUAUUUAUCAGCAAGUAAACAAUUGUCCAGCCUACAAACACAUACAGAAGUUUUCAAUCAAGAUGAUCUCCAAUGUGACAGUAAUGUGUCAGUACAUAAUGAUGAGGAAGAAUUACCCAAACCAAAUAAGCCUACUGAAAUUUAUCUGUCAGACACCACUGCAGCAAUUACACCGAAAAAUGAGGAGCAUUUAACUUCAGCACGAAACAGUUACACUUGUUUAGCGAAUCGUAGGUAUUCUUUAGUAAUAUUACCUUCUUGUCACUACUCAAAUAAGAACGAGGAGCUUAACGCAGUGACUAUCGAUAGCAAGACAUUUGACAAAAAUCUUCAGGAACACUUGACUGGAGCAAGACAAACUCCUGAGCGCAGGCAGGUUAGACGUCGUAGGACAUUGAAAAAUCUUGAAACUGCCAAACAUAGAGUCCUUGCGGCAGAACUGGCUCACCGGAUGGUUAUUGAACGAACCAGUGGAGCAUCUCCAACUGCAUACUCUGCCGAUACUAACAUACUCAACCUUGAAAGUAACAACCAAUCUUCUCCUGAAAUCAAAUCUAGUAAGCCUCUGGAUGCAUCUGAAAAUUCUCCUAAACUAGCAAGCGUUCAUAGUUCAACACGAGAAUUUCGCAUAGCUAAAGCAGUCACUGAGACAGCAGCAAUCACAAUUGCUCCAGUUGAGUCAAAAAUUGCUGCUAACAUACCACUGAUCACGUUCAAUCAAUAUCCAAAUACACUGAGUAAACAAAACGAUACUAGCCAUAAAAGUUAUUUAUCAGUGUUGCAUUUUCAUCAUAGACGAAGUGCUGCUAAUAUAAAUCGUGUUAUGGAUGAACUAAAAACUGAUGAAUUUCAAAAGCGUUUACAGAAAAGGAGUUCAUUCAAAGAAGGAAAUUGGUCAUCGAAAAUUGGAUUUCAUAAAUCUUCCAAAAAUCACUUUACUAAAUCUUCAUCACCUGAAUCUAAUCCUGCUCAAAUAUAUUCACAACCUGAUCAUAGUGUAGCUGAUGAAAAGUCUAAGACUAGUUCAACAAAUCUAAUCUCUGAUGAAACAAAUGAUAAUAAUUCAAUCAAUCUAAAUAUAAGUUCAUAUCUUGACGAACCUAGCUGUGACCCAAAACUAACUAAAGGUGAAUAGUAACUUAUUUUUACUUUACUCUACCGUUUAUUUUUUGUUUUUCUUUCUUUCUUUCAUUGUCUAUUAAACUCAUCAUUUUUAAUCAGUACAUUAGAACACUAUUACUUUUCAUUCAUUAUGUUUAUUCUUACGAAAAGAUCCAGAGGAAACUCAGGUAUUUUUAAUUAUACAUAUAUUGGAUAGUAGAAGUUAUUGAUUAGUGUAUAUCAUAUCCAUCUCUAUAUUACUCUAAUCCAUAUCAUUGUACAAAUAUGCAUAUAUUUAACGAAAAACAAAAUUUUUUUUUCCAAAUUUAUUUUAUUCACUACUUUUUUUUCCUCUGGUAUAAUAAAAUACGAAAAUACAUAAUACUAUACUUGAU